UAUUUUGCUUCACAUAGGUCUGAUAACCGAUAGUGGAGGAUUCAGGCAUUUGUUGCAAGGAUUUUGUAUUGCAUUUCAUGGAGAGAAAAGGCAGCCUGUCAUUCAUCAUAAUGGCAACUACGCUAGUACAGUAGCUUCUGUUAGCUAGCGAGCAAAUACUAUCUCUUGAAUGAGUAACCUGUGAGUUGUAUUGCUCGCGAGGUAGCUAACAUUAACAUGCUAGUAGCUAGCUGGAUAGCUAGUUAGCUAAAUAACAUCCGGCUUUAGUACCUCUCAUUAGUUCGCCACACUCCUACAUGGGAUGAGUUAUUCAGUCACAUGCACCAACUGCCAUUCAGAUAAAGAAGCGAAACCGCAAGCUAAAUGGGAAAUAGCUAGUCAGUGUACAGAUGCAGUUACGUUUUAGUAGUCUAUAUUAGCAGCUAGGCGUUUACACAUUGUUUAGUCAACUGAGCUAGAUAGCAUUAACCACAGCAGCACAGUUGUAGCUUGAUUUAUCCAAAGCCAUGGCAGCAGACCUCCAAGCAAAAUACGCAAAACUAGCCCAGGAGUAUUCAAAGCUCCGGGCCCAGAACCAGGUGUUGAAGAAGGGUGUGUUCGAUGAGCAGGCCAGCUCUAUGUCCCUGAAGGAACAGGUGAAGCAGCGAGAGCAGAGCCUGAGGAAAGUGGAGCAGGAGAUGGAUAGUCUCACCUUCAGGAACCAGCAGCUGGCUAAAAGAGUGGAGCUGCUACAGGAGGAACUGGCUGCUAGUGAGGCAAAGGGCAAGAAGACCAAGAACAAAGGUGACUCCCCCUCCCAGCAGGCCCUGCAGCAGUCCCAGAAUGUGUUCGAUGAGGACCUCCGGAAGAAGAUUCAGGAGAAUGAGCAGCUUCACAUCAAGUUCUAUGAGGCUGAUGAGCAGCACAGACAACAGGAAGCUCUGCUGAAGGCCAGACUGGAGGAGCUGGAGAGAGAACGUGAACAACACCUGGCUGUAGUUAGCAGUCUCACCUCCAAAUACAUGGACACCAUCGAGAGACUGCAGAAUGACAAGGCCAGACUCGAGGUUAGAUCCCAGACUCUGGAGAGGGAAGCUAGGGACUGCCGUGUUCGAACAGAGGAGUGUCAGCAGCAGUUGAGGAGGUGUCAGUCAGAGCUCGACAGGCAGUUGAAACAAAGCAGCAGUGUUAUUCAGGAGAAAGUGCCCUUCAAUGAUACCAAAUUCAGUGACUUCAACAGUCUGAACGUUCCGCCACACAACCGAAGGCACCAGCUGAAGGCCCGGGACGUCGCGGGCCAGGCCCUGGUCUUUCUCCAGGACUUGGUGGCCGCUCUGCUGAACUUCCACUCGUACACCGAGCAGCGGGUGCACAUCUACCCCCUUGACUCCUCUAUAGAACCCAUCUCACCGCUCAACCAGAAGUUCUCCCAGUAUCUCCACGAAAAUGCAGCCUUCGUGCGCCCCCUGGAGGACGGACUAGUGCAACUACACCAGAGCAUCACAGAGGACACGGUUACGGUGUUGGAGACUGUGGGGAAACUCAAGGACUUUGCUGGUCACUUCACUGCGUACAGCCACUUCCUGAAGAAGAUUCUGCCGUACCAACUGAAAAGUCUGGAGGAGGAGUGUGGGGCUUCUCUAUGCACCUCCUCUCUCACCUCUAAGAACCAGGAGCUGCAAAGUGACAUAAAGAGGAUCACAUCUGUGUUUGACAAAAUAAAUAGCUACAUCAGCCUACUGGCCUUGCCUAGUGUUCGACAGGACGCCAUGCCCCAGAGCAGCGCCUCUGCUGCAUUCACCCAGCUAGCUGCCUGUCUACACAGUCUUCAUGAUGCCAUCAAAGAGAUGUCUAAACACUACAGUCAGAAGGCCAGUCUGGAACAGGAGUUGCCCACAGUCACUCAGAAGCUUCGCACCACCAACGAGUGUCUGCUGGCUUCUCUUGGCUCCCUCACCAACAGCACCGGCAAGAUUGCAACGUUCUUCAGCAACAACCUGGAUUUCUUUACGUCUUCGACAGGCUACGGACCAAGAGGUGGGGCAGGGGGCAUCAACCCCCUGCAGGCAGAGAGCAUGCUGGGUAACAAGAAGAGGGCCUGUGAAUACAUGCAAGCUAUCCGAAAGACCCGACCUGAGUCUGUCCCAUACACCGAGUCCCUGAUGAACCGGCGCGUUCUCACCAGUUCCACCGAGAGCAGAGAGGGGCUUACACAACAGGUGGUGGCGAGCCAGGAGAAGAUCGCUCGUCUGGAGCAGGAGAAGGAGCACUGGCUGCUGGAGGCCCAGCUGGGCGGGGUGAGGCUGGAGAAGGAGAGCCAGCGGAUCCAGGAACUGGAGGCGCAGCUUUCCUCCGCCCAGGGAGGAGGCAGCCCUGCCCUGACCAGCCUGGAGGACGGAGAUGUGAACGAGCAAGGAGCAGGGAAGGAGGCUUCACUAAGCGCCAGCCUGAUUGGAAUGUUGACCACAACCCCCACCAACGAAGAAGUGGGCGAUGGGGACUUCAGGGAGAAGCUGAUAAAGGCUCACUACAUGGCCCGCGUAGGGGAACUGACCACGCAGCUCCAAAUCUCCGACAGCAAGGCCGUUAACUUCCACGCUGAGUGCCGAGCCCUGGCCAAACGUUUAGCCAUCGCAGAGAAGUCAAGGGAGACUCUCGCUGAGGAGGUCAAACUGGCCAAUCAGAACAUCACACGUCUCCAGGAUGAGCUGGCCACCACAAAGAGGAGUUACGAGGAUCAGCUGAGUAUGAUGAGCGACCACCUGUGUGUCAUGAACGAGACCCUCAGCAAGCAGAGGGAGGAGAUUGACACACUCAAACUGGGCAGCAAGGGAAACUCCAAACUCCUGAAGAAGAGUCGAUAGGAAAGUAUCUGACAUAGGACGCGCUCCAUCUUGGAUCGAUGGAGCGCACUGGACUGAGGCAACAGCUGUACUGUAGAAACACCCACCUGCUGAAGUCCUGCCACCUCUACAGUACCGUACUGGACCAAGAUGGGAGGACACUGUUGGACCUCUCCUCUAUCAGAGGGGUAGCUACAAAAGGGCCGGGUAGUGGGGGUUUUCCUGUCUGCUUAAAGGAAGCAUUUUAUGAGGUGUGUUUCUAAAUGACAUUGAUGACAAUGGUGUGAAAUGGUUCCUAAUGUGUGAAGGAAGUAGCGGCUUGCCCUUCUAACCUUUGGUUUGAUGGAGGAAGAGGAAAAUCCCCCUGCUCACUAAAGUCAGAUCGUGGGUUUGAUUGGUUGUCUCUUUCUCGUGUUGUUUUUCUGUGCUAAGUAAAUAUGCAUUACUAUAUGAAAUUGCUAUUAAGUGGGAGAAUGAGAUCAUGUGUGUGAGUGAGAAAUUGUGUUGUGUUUAUCUGACUGACUGUGUUUUUUUUUCCAUUAUGCAAAAGAUUCAUUCUAAUAGUGUGACUUGUGUGGCUGCCCACACGCCAUCCUCCAGACAAACGCUACACCACACCCACAAACAUUAGGUUCUCCUCAACUAUGGGUCCAGAUCGAUCUGACCCUUUUGACUGGUUCCAGAACCUGAUGAAUUUGGGCCAGAGCCAAAACCCCAUCUAAAAAAACACAUGUGCGUUUUGAUGCAAUGAUGGGAGUCUCAGACUGAUGUACGAGACAGAAGGCAGAUCAGCAGAAGGUUGGCUUUAUGUCAUUAGGUAAGCUGUUGUGACUGGCUUGGAGUGGGACUGAAAACAACUCUCUUCAUUUUAAAUGCUUUGACAGUGUUUCACUUCCACAAGAGAAUAAUUGUGCAACAUUUGUGAUGUGCGAGGAAUAUCAUACUCACUCCACAGUCCUUUGGCAUUGAGAAAGGCUAGCCCUGACUAAAUAAAGGAAUGAGUGACAAAUUAAUUGGACACACACUGACCACGUACGCCCAGCCUUCACUCUUUACAGAAAGAUAGAGACAGGUUGGACACAUCCACAAACUCUCAUUGCCUGAAAUAUCCCAUAUUUCCUGUUGAGCUGAUGGAAGGUUCAACUAUAGAUUAGUGUUGAUGACCCUGCUAGUCCGAGGGCUGGGUUUGAUAUGGAUUAGGGCUGUGUGCCCAAUUGGUAACCGAAUUCCAGAUUUAGUGCACUGACUCUGGUUCAAGGUAUUGCAUAAUAGAGAAUACGGCACAGUUUUAAAAGUAGUCCGCAGGUGUACUGUUUAAUGUGAAAUAUUCAGAAUGUGAUGUUGCUGAUAGAAAUGCAACGAAGCAGAAUAGAUUGUAUACAGUUUGCUAAUCAGUUCUAAUAUUACAGAUCUGUUCCACACACAACCGUACGUGACGUUGCACAGUUGUUAAUCAUAGGCCCGAGUGUGUUUGUCUGUGACCUUUGUGUUGUAGUUGUAUCACCAAAGUUAUGUUAAAAUGUGCACUGUGGGGAGCUCUUGUUGCGAAAUAAAUAUCCCCCUAUUUAUCACAUAACAUUUUUACAAAAUGAGCGCCCUGUCGUUGGUGUACGGUGUGCCAUUGGGACAGAUGUAUCGCCACCUCCUUGAAACCCAUUUAUCAUGUAUGGACUAAAAAGUGAUGUGCAUAUAAUACACUCCCUUUGAAUCACGUUUCAUGUACCUUGUACUAUGUAAAAACAAUAAAAAGGCGCUCGUUCUAAGGUU